AUGAAGAAGGACGACACGAAGAACAGGAACCCAUCCUGGGGAUCCGUCAGAUCCAAACUGACGCAGGAAGGCUACAUGUACAGGAUGAAGCUCGGAAAUCCGGCGCCAAACGCCAGCAGCCAGUCUGCUCACCGUCGUCACUCCUCGUCGGCCUCGUCGUCCUCCGCUAAUGCACAGACUUCCAUUCCGACUGAGUCUGGCUCUUCUAGGUCUGCUGCAAACGGGUUAGUUGCAGACGGAGGCAGUGCUGCCUUCCAGACCGUCAUGGAACUUUUAGAGCACUGGAAUCUUGGUGAUAACUUCGGAAGGGACCACAAACUGGAUCCAAAUGCCACGUUUGAAUUCUUGUUCCAGUGCUAUGCACCUUUUGCCAUACAGCGUCGCCACAAGACCAUCCUCUUUGAGCCUGGUGACUUCCUCGACGGGAUCAUGCUCCACGAUAGCAUGGUCGCAAAGGCUGUCCUAGUUUGGGCAGCAGACAUGCGAGAACGAUUCGAGACAGGGACGAAGAGUGGGAGGGACGUGCUUUUGUCACAGCGAAACGAUGUCAUCCGAGAGCUCCGCGAAAGGAUCUCUUCCCCAGAGACAUGUGCCUCUGAUGCUGUUAUGAUGACGAUCCUGUUGCUGGUUGGAACUGAGCUCCUUCACAACAAUAUUGACGCGAUGGGGACUCACCUCGGGGCCUUGCGACACAUCAUCCAACUCAGGGGUGGAAUGGAGUCCCCCUCGUUGAGCAAAUGGGUGAAGAUUCCGCUUCUCCAGUUUGAGAAUUUCUUGAACUACCGACACUUUGACCAUGUCGUGAGUUCUGGCUUCGAGGGUGCAUCGCCGAUGGCUGAAGUCCCUCACCAGCAACCUCUGCCGGUAUCCCACGAUCGACUGGCCAAACUACCUGGUGGAUUCUCAGAACUAUUCCGCAGCACUCCUGUCAAGGUACAGGUCCUGAACCUCGUAGAAAGAGUGGCUCAAUGGGCUCUGCAGGUUGCCGACCUUCCCGGGCCAGGGGCAGAUGGGCAGCAGACUGCAGCGGUCGUGCAUGCAAUGACGUUGGAUGCAUUUCGGGCAUUUGACUUGCUCCAACAGGACCAGCUCGAGGAGACGGAGCGGCUCUUGGUCAUCGGCUUGUUUUCCUUUUGCAUCUUCAUGAACGGUGAGGCGAUCUACUCGGUGAUGGAAUGGGCUCAAAGACUUCACUGCAUGGGGCUUAUUGGCAAGCGGAUUGCCCCAAUCACGAACGGGCGUCGUGCAAGCAUGAUCUGGGUUGCCGCCAUGUUGAUGGCGACAGGAGGCGAUGGGUCUCCAGCGUGGCAGUUGGGAAGGCAAAUCCAGAGCGCAUGCAAUCAUGGUGCGGAUACUGGCUUACAGGUCAUUCUCCAAACAAGUCAAAGAUAUUUUUGGGAUCAAGAUCUGACCACGAGACUGACUGGCGGCACGAUUGGAAGCAAGCAUGGGUGA